AAAAUAGCAAUUUAUCGCCAUUGUCGUCUCCGGAAAAUAAGGCCCCAAAACUAGGAUUCCUCCAUUUUCUCUACACUCUCUUUGGCUCUUCGCCGUCUCAUGUUCUUUCUCUCUCUUAUCUCUCAUGGUCACAGCUUUUCUCUCUGUCAAAAGAAGAAGCGAAUGGCGCCUCAAAUAAUUUGGGCCUGUUUCCACUAAGAUUUGACUAUAUACAUGCCCUUUGUCGCUUUUGAAGCGCUUCAGAUGGAUGUGUUUCUUAGAUUAUUCUUCACUUGCUGAAAAUUUUGCAUUGGGUGAACAAGAUGGAAGUUGUCUCCCAGCUAAAGCGGGGUAUAUCUCGGCAGUUCUCCACUGGUUCGCUUAAGAAGAUUGGGAGUUUCAGUUUUAAGAGGCAGACAUCAUUUGAUCCCAGACUUACCAAUGCAAGCAGAUUUCUCUUUGGCCGGCAGUCAUCGCUUGACCCUAAUCGCAGGAGUCCAGUCUGCGAUGAGCCUGCUGUGCCGGAAAAUUUGGAUUCCACCAUGCAGCUCCUUUUCAUGGCUUGCCGAGGUGAUGGGAAGGGGAUGGCUGAGUUGCUGAGGGAGGGCAUCGAUGUGAAUAGUAUUGAUCUAGAUGGAAGGACUGCUCUUCAUAUAGCUGCUUGCGAGGGUCAUGUUGAAGUGGUCAAGCUAUUGCUUGACUGCAAGGCCAACAUUGAGGCGAGGGAUCGUUGGGGAAGCACGGCUGCUGCUGAUGCUAAGUUCUACGGCAACGUUGAAGUCUAUAAUCUCUUGAAAGCUCGAGGGGCAAAACGUCCAAAAACCAGAAAGACCCCCAUGGCUGUUUCAAAUCCCAAAGAUGUGCCAGAUUAUGAGGUCAAUCCCACAGAACUUCAGUUUCGCCGAGGAGAAGACAUAUAUAAGAAUACUCACCAGGUAGCUAAAUGGAAUGGGACAAAGGUCGUUGUGAAGAUUCUUGAUAAAGACAGCUAUUCGGAUCCAGAUUUCAUAAAUGCUUUCAAGAAUGAGCUUAGUAUGUUGCUGAAGGUUCGACAUCCUAAUGUUAUCCAAUUUUUUGGAGCUGUCACUCAAAACACACCAAUGAUGAUUAUUUCAGAGUACCAUCCAAAAGGCAACUUAGGAAGCUAUCUUCAGAAAAAAGGUCGACUACAGUUACAUCAAGUUCUUAGAUUUUCCAUUGACAUUGCCAGGGGCAUGAAUUAUCUGCAUGAAUGCAAGCCAGACCCUAUUAUACAUUGUAAUUUAAAGCCCAAGCAUAUAUUACUGGAUGCUGGUGACAAAUUGAAGGUGGCUGGGUUUGGUUUGAUAAAGCUUUCAAAAAUAUCACCAGGAAAAGCCAAGCUAGCACAUCCUAUAUCUCAUAUGAACAAAUUAAGUUUAUAUAUGGCUCCUGAGGUUUACAAGAACGAAAUAUUUGACAGAAAGGUUGAUUCAUUUUCCUUUGGUCUCAUUCUAUAUGAGAUGUUGGAUGGCUCGCCACCUUUCCAUCCUAGCCCCCCUGAAGAAGUUGUUAAAAAGAUAUGUUUGGAAGGUAUACGGCCGCCACUUAAGUUCAAGUCUAAGAUUUGUCCUUCCGACCUAAGAGAGUUGAUUAAAGAAUGCUGGAGUACAAAUCCCAUGAUAAGACCAACAUUCGCUGAAAUAAUUGUGAGAUUGAACAAAAUGCAUUCGGACUAUUCUAAGCAGGGCCGGUGGAAAGGCACCUUUAAGCUUCCCUGGAUGUAGCAUUGUAAAGUUUCUGGUGUGGCGCCAUAUGCAAGAACAAAAAACUGCGGAUCGAGUUGUGGCUCAUUGGUUGAUGAAAAAAUUUCCUCCCAAGUGAUCUGUAUUCGAAUCGCUCAAACUGCCCAAUAAAAGAAAGUAAGAAUAAAAACUGUCUUGCCAAUAAAUUAACUAAAUAGAAGUUGAAGAAUAGCCGAAUCUCGUUUGAAUUUGAGGUUUUGUUUGGGACGAUUUUUUUUAUUGCUUUUUAAAAUUCUUUAGAAUUUUGAUAAAAAAUUGUUUGUCAGAUAAAUGACAAAACUGUUUGAUUUACACUUCUUA